UCGGAUAAAGUAAAAAUACUAAUUAUAAAACGUUUAUUUCGUACAUUACUCGGGUAUUUUACACAUUAUCUACGACUGAGUGGUUAAAGUACUUUGAUAAAAUGUAUACGAUAAAAUUACGAUUGUAGAUAAUUGUUUUUGAUUAAACACAUAAUAUUUAGUACAGUGCUAGUUCGUCGUUCGUUUUAAUACAUGUGUCGUACAUAUAGAUAUAGACUUCACGCGAAAGAUUUUACGAAUGUUUUUAUAAAAUAGUCAAUGAAAAAAAUAAUAAUUCAGUUUAUUUAUCGGCAGUUAAGUAUAAUGAAAUAGUUUCGGAAAUUAAAAAUGUGAGAUCAAGUGGAAUAAAAAGUAACAAGGCAUAUCGAAUUUUGAAAAGGUAUGACCUCAUUACUAUUGGAAAAGAAAAUAAAUUAAUAUUGCCGUUGUUGGAAGGUAAUACAAACAUUUUGUACUAUAUUACUGAUGAAAAUAUCUAUGAUGUGCUACAUGAUGUACAUUUAAGUAUUGGACAUGGUGGAAAACACCGCAUGAAUGCUGAAGUUAAAAAAAAGUAUAAAAAUAUAACACAAGAAGCAGUAUCUAUUUACUUAAAAUUUUGCGAAUCAUGUCAAUCAAAACAAAAAUCUAAAAGUAAGGGUCUAGUGAUUAAACCAAUGGUGUUUUCGGAAAUGAAUAGUAGGUGCCAAGUGGACUUGAUUGAUAUGCAAUCGCAGGGGGAUGGAGAGUUCCGGUUUAUUAUGGUAUAUCAGGAUCACCUUACUAAAUUUGUUCAAUUAAGACCCUUAAAAACAAAGAGAGCAGAAGAAGUUGCAAAACAUCUUAUUGACAUAUUUUCUAUUUUCGGAGCUCCGAUGAUAUUACAAUCUGACAAUGGCCGUGAGUUUGUAAAUAAAAUAAUAGAAGACUUAAAAGAAAUGUGGGACACACUGAAAAUCGUUCAUGGAAAACCACGCCACAGUCAGUCACAAGGGAGUGUCGAGAGAGCAAACCAAGACAUACAAAAUAUGUUGAUAACAUGGAUGAAGACAAAUAACUGUAAAUCAUGGUCGGAGGGACUUCGAUUUGUACAGCUAAUGAAAAAUAGGGCCUAUCACGACGGCAUUAAAAGAUCACCAUACAUGGCCAUGUUUGGCACUGAUGUGAAAAUUGGUUUGUCAUCAUCUUUACUACCAGCUGAAGCAGUGGAAAAAUUAACCACUGAACAAGAAUUGGAAGAAAUAUUGCAAAGUGUCGUAACAGACUAUGAACAAAAAGACGAUCAUAAUGUUUCCGAUAAAGGGGUAAAUUGUUGACAAUAUACAGGAUGUAAGUGUAACAGAAAGAACUGACUUUUGAAAAAACUUUUGUUCUAAUUAAUAUUUUCAAUUUUUUUUUUAUUUAUCAUUAAGAGACUUUAGCGAUGAUACAUGAAUAAUUUAAUUUUUUUAUGUUUAUUUUUCAUUAGCUACUGAAAAUAAAAUAAAAUAAAAUUUAAUUUAAA